GUGUACUUAAACGGCCGUAGAAGAAGAAGUCAGCGGCAUCCUGAGACAAACAAUCAUGGCGGCGACGGAAAGCGAGGUUCUGUGUGAGAUUGAGGUGCUGCAGUCCAUCUACUUGGAUGACCUGUGUGUCACCAGGACACAAGACAGGCACUGGGAGGUUAGUCUGGUUCUGUACCCGUCCACGGCCGAAGAUUCUGGAUCGCAGUUUGUCCGACUCUGCUUGAAGCUGACCCUCGAUGACCAGUAUCCGUGCUCAUCUCCUGAUAUCUCCAUUCACAACCCGCGAGGACUCUCUGAUGACAAGCUCAGCAGCCUUCAGCAAAGUCUUGAGCUUGAAGCUGAGUCAUGCGUGGGCUCGCCCAUCUUGUACCAGCUGAUUGAGGUUGCGGCCGUCACGCUUAAACCUCAAAACAGAAAGUUCAACUAUCUCAACCUUUUUCUUUUCCAUUUCGUCCUUCAGAAAGCCAAAGAAAUCCUGACUGAAAGCAACAUUCCUCACGGGAACUGUGUCAUCUGCUUGUACGGAUUCAAGGAGGGAGAGUCGUUCAGCAAGACGCACUGCUAUCACUACUUCCACUCUCACUGCCUGGGACGCUACGCUCGCCACUCGGAGGAGGAGAUACGCCUCCGCCAGCAGGAGAUGGCCGACGACAAGACGGCCAUGCAACAUCAGGAGCUGAUGGUGGUUUGUCCCGUGUGCCGCGAGCCUCUGAUCUACAACCUGGACCAGCUGACGGCCAGUACCGCGCCACAGCUGCCUGAGCUGGACGGCGCCGCCAUCCGCUCCAAGUUCCAGCAAAAGUGGCGAGAACUCGAGAAGAUUCUGGACAGACAACGCUGUAGAGGAGGUGUCAUCGAUCCCGAGGAGGAGUCCAAUCGCUUCCUCAUACACAUCAAUGAGGCUCCUCCUCCUCCUUCUGAUGGCAGCGGUGCUGUGGACCCUCUGCUACCCACCGCCUCUGAGCUCCUUCCCCCUACAGCACAGCCCUUUACUCCACCGCCAACGCAUUGCACAGGCACUCACAGGCAGCCUCAGGCACACAGGCGCCACAGCUACGGCAAGGGUCCCAAGAGAGGAGGCGGGCACCGAACGAAUCACCUCAAAGGAGGCGCCCCCAUCUCAGAGCACCUGGACUCGCUCCGUCUGUCAUCGGAGCCCGCCGAGGCCCCGCCUGGUCCCAUGUGUGAGAAUCCGCAUGCUCACGUGACUCUUUGCCAAACAGAAAGUCACUUUUCUGGCAAACAUAUGGCCGGGGGACGUGCCCAGCGGGCCCGAAGAAAGGGCCCGCAGCACUCUGCCCACGGGGGCCCCUCUCAAUACCACCGCUGGGACGCUCGGGCACAGAGGGAAGGGGCGCCUGGGGGUCUCCCUCAACACCAUCGCUGGGACGCUCGGGCACAGAGGGGAGGGGCGCCCCGCCAGCAGAGGGUGGGGGGGCCAGAGGAGGAGCUCUGACACACACACUUAUGGUGUGGUGACGCAAAAUGAAAUGACUAAUUAAAGCUAAUUAACUAAUUAUU